CGUUCCUCGCGGCUCACUCGCUUUGGUGGUUGAAAUUCGCCUCAAGGCCGAGCCUAGAAACAUCCAGUGAUCCACUUGGUAAAGGGAAAGAUAGAGAUAGAUCAAGACAAGAGAUUGAUAGCUUUUUAGUCUUUUUUAGUUUUUUUGGAGAUUUUUAGGUGUUUAUUGCGAUCAAGUGGUGGAUUUUCAGUAGAUAAUGAUCAUUUUGAUGCUUUGAUUCGGAAGAACGGCAACAGAGCUUUGGAUUGGAAGUGGUUAAUUUUUUGUUGCUAGAGCAUUUGCUCUUCUCUGAAAGCUCAUAUCUUGGGAGAUUUGGAUUUGGUCAUCUUUUUCUCCAUUGGUGUUGUUCAGAUUUCUGAAACCUUAUAAUUUCCUGGUGCCAAAAGUUGAGCUGCUGUGCUACUUGUACAGAGAUUCUACUAUGUGGAUUUGAGAGUGUAGAGGAGUAGAAAAGGAUGGAGAGGUCUCUAAUUUCUGUUGUUAUGGAUAGUGUUGAUGGCAAAGGGCAAUCCCUUGUUUCGACCAUUUUGUUUGCAGUAUUACCGAUCGCUAAGGUUUUCACAAUAUGCUUUAUGGGCUGUCUUAUGGCCUCCAAGUAUGUGAAUAUUCUCUCUGCAAAUGGCAGGAAGCUUCUUAAUGGGCUGGUUUUUUCCCUUCUUCUUCCCUGCCUAAUUUUUGCCCAACUUGGACAGGCAAUCACUCUCCAAAAGCUCAUGGAUUGGUGGUUUAUUCCAGCGAACGUCAUUUUGGCUACAAUCUCUGGCUCAUUAAUAGGUCUUAUUGUUGCAUCUAUUGUACGGCCUCCUUAUCCAUACUUCAAGUUCACCGUUAUACAGAUAGGAAUAGGAAACAUUGGAAACGUUCCUCUUGUUUUAAUUGGUGCUAUAUGUAGAGACAACUCUAACCCAUUUGGUGAUUCAGACAAAUGCAGCCAAGAUGGAAAUGCUUAUAUUGCAUUUGGUCAGUGGGUUGGUGCAAUAAUUGUGUACACAUUUGUGUUUCAUAUGCUUGCUCCCCCACCUGGAGGAACCUUUGAAGGGAUUGAAAAUGAGAAACUUCCAACUACAGCGUCUACAAAUAUUGUUGUCCCUGAAAAAAUGCCUUUGCUGAUUUCAAAAGAACCUGAACCAAUAGAGCUUGAGUCUUCAAGAAAGGGAAAGAUAAUUCGGCGGCUGUGUUAUCUUGCUGAAAAAUUGAAGCUAAAACAAAUGUGUCAGCCCCCUGUUAUUGCCUCUAUUCUUGCAAUUAUCAUCGGUGUUAUACCCUUUUUAAAGGGCUUGAUCCUUGCUACUGAUGCUCCAUUCUACUUUUUCACUGACAGUUGCCUCAUCCUUGGGGAGGCCAUGAUUCCAUGUAUUUUACUUGCUUUGGGUGGCAACCUGGUUGAUGGUCCAGGUGCUGGUAGUUCAAAACUUGGAUUACGCACGAUGGUUGCUAUUGUAGUUGCUCGGUUAGUCUUUGUGCCACCUGCAGGCAUUGGCAUAGUGACAUUGGCUGACAAGCUUGGGUUCAUCCCGAAGGGUGAUAAGAUGUUCAAGUUUGUCCUUUUACUGCAGCACAGCAUGCCUACUUCUGUACUUCAAGGUGCUGUUGCAAAUCUAAGAGGAUGUGGAAAAGAAGCAGCAGCUGUUCUGUUCUGGGUCCAUAUCUUUGCUGUCUUCUCAAUGGCUGGAUGGAUUAUUCUAUUCUUCGGCAUGCUCUUUUAAACGCAUUCCAUUUGCCUUCUUCUGUUUUCACCUUAUUUUCCUUUAAUUUGUUAUACGAAAAAGUGUGAGUAUUCCUAUCAGUCAUUCUAUCAUGCUGGGAAAAAAACUGUGAUGAUGAUUUAUAUCAUCCCACCUUUUUGUAGGUAUGAUAAUUGACCGUGAAACUCAUGAAAUUGUAUCUUGUAUCUUGUAUCUUAUUGUGUUUGAUUUCCUUAGUGUGUGAUGUAUUUGAAUUU